CUCCUUCCUGGCUGUUAGGCAAUUCAAAUACAUAAAGCGCAUUCUCUCUCUCUCUCUCUCUCUCUCUCUGUGAAACCCUGGAGACCUGGUUUUUUAAAUGUUUAAAACCAGGUCUUAACCUUAACCAGCUCCAAUUAAUAUCGUUAAUUUUUUUCGUAUUUUUAUUGGUUUAGUUUUGAAUUGCUCAGCUCCCCUUCGACAAUGAAUGACCUAUUAACGGACUCAUUUGAGAUCCCUCGGGGUCAAGGUUAUAGAGGUGGAGAUGUAGAGCUAGGAAUACAAGCUCCUAUGAACUCAGGAGAAUUAGGCUUGGAGAAUUUCUUUAAACAGGUUACAGAGAUUGAGAAACAAUAUGGGAAGCUGGAUAAGCUACUCAAAAAGCUGCAGGAUGCGCACGAAGAGUCCAAGGUUGUGACUAAGGUUCCUUCCAUGAAAGCAAUCAAGCAGCGAAUGGAGAAAGAUAUUGAUGAAGUUGGAAAAGUUUCCCGAUACAUUAAGUCAAAAGUGGAAGAACUUGACAAAGAGAAUUUAGCAAAUAGGCAGAAGCCUGGGUGUGGAAAAGGAACAGCUGUAGACCGAACUAGAACGGCAACAACUAUUUCCUUGAAAAAGAAGUUAAAGGACAAGAUGGCUGAAUUUCAGACUCUACGGGAAGCCAUCCACCAAGAAUAUCGAGAGAUUGUAGAGAGGCGUGUCUUUACAGUAACUGGCACAAGAGCUGAUGAAGAGACAAUUGAGAGAUUAAUUGACACUGGAGAUAGCGAACAAAUUUUCCAAAAGGCAAUACAGGAACAAGGGCGAGGACAGAUAAUGGCCACUGUGGCAGAAAUUCACGAGCGCCAUGAUGCGGUUAGAGAAGUAGAGAGGAAGCUUCUUGAUUUACAGCAGAUAUUUUUGGAUAUGGCGGUGUUGGUGGAUGCACAGGGGGACAUGCUCGACAACAUAGAAUCACAGGUUUCAAGUGCGGUAGAUCAUGUGAAUCAAGGGAAUACUGCCCUCCAAAAGGCCAAGUCGCUUCAGAAGAACUCCAGGAAAUGGAUGUGCAUUGCAAUUAUCAUCCUUCUUAUCAUUGUUGCAAUCAUUGUUGUAGCCGUGAUCAAGCCGUGGAAUAGCAACAAGGGUGCUUAGCUGCUCAUCCGUCUUCUUCUGUAUAAAUGUACGAGGUAACCAUUGAUGCGUUUGGACUCCACCCGGCAAUUUCUCUUCAUUGUUUGUGUUCCAUGCUUUAAACACAGCGUAUAAUUGCCCGUCUAUUUUGUGAUUCAGUUUGAGUGCUUAUAUAAUUGGAAAUGUAAUAUUAUCGUACCCAUUUUAUAAAAAGUUUAUUUUUAUCGGUCAA